UUGCUUGCCAAUACUCCACAAGUCCUGCUUUCCUACCUAUACUUAGCGUUCAACGCACUCUACACUAAUAUGUUUGUUGCGAACGAGCUGUCGGCUUACGCUCACGAACGCAAGCCCCUCCGAGUCACUUCCCCGGUAGGCCUGCAGCGGAGUACAUAUUGGCUCAACGUGCCCUAUCGAUACGCGAUCCCUCUGACGAUGAUAUCAGCCGUAUUCCACUGGUUGACGGCGCAAAGUCUGUUCAUGGUACGAAUCACGAUUACGAAUACGGACAAGCAGGGCAAGCGCGUACCCGCUGGUCAAAUCUCGACCUGUGGCUACUCUCCUGUGGCUCUUAUUCUUACCAUCGUGGUCGCUAGCCUUAUCGCAGUCUACGGUGUGGCCAUUGGGUACAGGAGAUAUCCUGCAGGUAUGCCCUUGGCGAGCAGUUGCUCUGCGGCCAUCAGCGCGGCCUGCCACACGAACGAGCCAGGCGCAAGUUUGCUACCCGUACAGUGGGGCGCUGUAACUCAUGGUGAGAGAGAUGAAAAUGGCGAAGAGCUGGUUGGUCAUUGUAGUUUCUCUCGUUUACCGGUUGAGCUCCCGAUUCCUGGGCGUUUGUAUGCAUGA